AUGCUGCGGGCUUGGCUCGACUUGCCCCGUGCGCCGAUCUGGAGAAAUCGACUUCUUUUUUUUGUUCCGAGUCUUGUUUGCAGCGCAAGAACAGACAUGAUGAAUUCAAUAUCGCUAUGCAGGCGAUCUGCGCCCCAGAAAACAAUCUAUACGACCUUACGAGCGCUGUCCUCGACCUCGAAUACACAGAAACGCGAGCUCAAAGACCUCACCCCGUCCGACCUCUGCUACUAUUGGGAUACGCAGCCUCCCCGGCCUGAUCAACUAGCCUUCGCCGACAAGGUCUUCACUCCAUCCCGUCAUUCUCCUUUAAAACUAUGGUCUGCGGCCAAGUUCCGCACGACACCACUGUCAUCGACAGACCCCGAAGUCGCAUUCCUUGGCCGGUCAAAUGUCGGCAAGAGCUCACUCUUGAACGCAAUAAUGGGACAGGAGGUCUGUUGGACGUCGUCGAAACCAGGACGGACGAGGGAAAUGAAUGCGUUUGGAAUUGGCGGCACAAAAGGUGGCGAACAUAAGGUUGUCUUGCUUGAUAUGCCGGGUUAUGGAAAGGCCAGUCGAGCUGAGUGGGGAGCGGAGAUUAUGAAGUAUCUCCAGGGACGAAAGCAACUUCGUCGAGCAUUCAUCCUCAUCGACAGCACACACGGCAUAAAACAAACGGACGCCGAUAUUCUCCAAAUGUUCCGACACUACGCAAUUCCACACCAAAUAAUUCUAUCCAAAGUCGACAAGUUCCUUGCGAAAAAGAUCAAAUUGAUGAAGUGCGGCGUAUCACCAUACAGCCUCGAACGACUUCGAGUUUUGUUACAGGGCGUCAAACCGAUCAUUCAACCUGAUGCUCGAGUUUCCGAAGGGCCUGGCGCCCUGGGGGAGAUCUUGACUUGCAGUUCUGAGGUGCAGGUUGGUCCUGGUCGAAUGUUGGGAAUCGAUGCUAUUCGCUGGUCGAUAUUGUCUGCUGCUGGUAUUGAUGGAAGUUUAGAAGGGGUUCGGCCUGCUGAGCCGGUGGCUGCUGAGGACAAGUCAAGUUCUAUUUGGUGA